AUGGCAGCAACCAUACCUGACUAUUAAACUAAUCUUCGCUAGACGGACGUUCAUUUGAAGAUUAUUGAAGACCUGUUAGCUAGACGAGAGCUUUUAUGAUCAGAAUAAGCAACAGGCCAUUGAUUGGUAUGCUUCAUAACCAGCUUUGUUUGUUUCCUGUUCUAAUUCUUGCUUACUUCCUGCUGCCGUCUGUCCCUCCCACCAUCACUGCAUUCGUCUGUCAAGGCUGUGAUAGUGGAAGUGCCGUCGAGAACCAARCUAUCACCUUGUUGUGCAAUGGUACUGGUAAACCCAUACCAAACAUCAGAUGGAUGAAGGAUGGACAAUAUUACAAUGGAAGCAGUUCAGUAUCAAGUCCAAUGAACAAGCUUGUCUUCCAACAAGUAGCAAUAARUGACAAAGGAAACUAUACCUGUAUUGCUGACAAUGGSGUUGGUAAUCCAGACAGAGAGUCAUUGACUUUACUUGUUAAAUAUCCACCAGAUAGAAUCACGUGUAAUAACAAGACAGUUYUGGAGGGUGAUGAUGUCCAACUAGUUUGYAGKGCUAAUGGUAACCCUCCCCCUGAUAUGAUGUGGAURAGAAAUGGAAGUAUUCGAGGCAUAGGAAGUACGUUAGAGAUAAAUGGUGUAUCAAAGAGGGAUCAUGGAAAAUAUACAUUUUUGGCCAAYAACAGUCUUGGUUACCAAGUAGAGACUAUUUUCGUAGCAGUGAAAUUAAAAAUCAUGGCACCAGAGAYAACGAAUCCUUACAAAGAAGUAAUAUUGGUUAAUGAGGGAAACGAUGUUAGCCUUGUUUGCAAUGCCAGUGGAUACCCAGUACCUAAAAUCACCUGGACGAAGGAUGGCAUUGUCAUUGGUGUUGGACGAAUAUUCAAUAUAACAGGAGCACAAAAGAACGAUUCAUCGUGUUACACGUGUACAGCAGAUAAUGGUAUUGGACACGCCAAGAAUGCCAGCAUAUGCUUAGAUAUACACUAUCCACCUUCCAACAUUACUAUUCUACCAUUGAGAAGACAAACGAUUCUAAAAGAGGGUACUAGCCUUUCCCUAUAUUGCCAAAGUGACGGCAAUCCACCCGCGACUUACAUGUGGAAGCAAAAUGGGGAGACUUUAACUGAUSGGCAAAAUGGCAUACUAAUAUAUAACAACAUCAAGCGAAAACAAAACGGAACAUACCUGUGUAAAGCGAAAAAUUAUCUUGGCUUUCUCCUUUCAGUCCCGAUCGAAAUCGUCGUACAAUACUUAGAUCCUCUUGAAGUGAUUGGAUCGAGUAACAAGAGCCACAGUCAGUCCAAUCCACUGGUAUUGUUCAACCUUAGUAUCAACGCAUAUCCCAGUAACACAUCCCUGUCUUGCAAUCCUUCUGCACCGAAUAUAUUGACCACCAUCACCAGCCAUGAUGCAGGGUUAACUAGAAAACAGUAUUUAAUAUUCGUUGUCAUCCAGAAAGAAGUGGAUUUUGCUAGAAUUGUGUGUAAAGCUGAAAAUGGCCUUGGCGUACGAGAAAGGACAUUGCAUUUUUACAAACGACCAAUACUUUUCAAGGAAACGUUUACCGGGCAGUUUAGAGUAACAAACCAAGAAUGGCACGAUGACCUUCAGGAUGUAAAGUCAGCAGGCUACGAUGAUCUUAAACAGAAGUACAUCAAAAUAUUAGAAGCUGCAUACUCGGGUGUACCAUAUUUGGCUGCCGUAAGCAUUAAGGAUUUCAUCAAGGGAAGCAUCAUAGUGCGAUUUGAGCUAGAAGUCAUUGGUAAAGUACCUGAUCCACUGCUGCCUUUGAGAGAUUAUAUCAAAAGACAAGGAGAAGAAAUCAAUGGUCUACAGAUAGACUACAACAGCAUUCAGAAAUCAAAUGACUUCAAAGAAAAUACGCCGAUUCCAUGUAAAGAGGAGAACAAGACACUAGUGGCAGUUCUUGGAGUACUGUUUGGUCUKUCGAUUGUCCUGAUCAUCAUACUUAUAGUGGGGUUCCUGUGGUCACGUAGAAAAGAUUCAAAAGGAAUUUCUGGAAAAAAAUCGAACACAGGUGACGAGAGAGGACAAAUG